AUGUUUAUGCAUUUGGAGGUCUGCUACUACAUUUUUAUUCUGAUGGUCCACAUGAAGUCGUGUUGCAGUUGGUCAGUGAAUAAUUUCCUGAUGACUGGCCCAAAGGCUUAUCUGAUCUACUCCAGCAGUGUGGCAGCUGGCGCUCAGAGUGGAAUCGAGGAAUGCAAGCACCAGUUUUCAUGGGACCGCUGGAACUGCCCAGAGAGAGCCCUGCAGCUGUCUACCCACAGCAGCCUGAGGAGUGCCAAUAGAGAGACAGCGUUUGUCCAUGCUAUCAGCUCCGCCGGAGUCAUGUACACCCUCACCCGGAACUGCAGCCUUGGGGACUUUGACAACUGUGGGUGUGAUGACACGAGGAACGGACAGCUGGGUGGUCACGGCUGGCUGUGGGGAGGCUGCAGUGACAAUGUGGGCUUCGGGGAGGCCAUCUCCAAGCAGUUUGUUGAUGCCUUGGAGACAGGGCAGGAUGCACGGGCCGCUAUGAACCUGCACAACAAUGAAGCGGGACGAAAGGCAGUGAAGGGUACCAUGCAACGGACAUGCAAGUGCCAUGGCGUGUCAGGGAGCUGCACCACACAGACCUGCUGGCUGCAGCUGCCUGAGUUCCGUGAGGUGGGCAACUACCUGAAGGAGAAGUACCACAAGGCCCUGAAGGUAGACCUCCUGCGGGGCGCAGGCAACAGCGCAGCCAGCCGCGGUGCUGUUGCUGACACCUUCAGCUCCAUCUCACGGAAGGAGCUGGUGCACCUGGAGGACUCGCCCGACUACUGUGUGGAAAACCGCACCCUGGGGCUACCAGGCACUGAGGGCCGAGAGUGCAUCAAGAAAGGCAAGAACCUGAGCAAGUGGGAGCGGAGGAGCUGCAAGCGGCUCUGUGGGGAGUGUGGCCUGGCCGUGGAGGAGCGCAAGGCUGAGAUGGUGUCCAGCUGCAAUUGCAAGUUCCAUUGGUGUUGUGCUGUCCGCUGUGAGCAGUGCCGCAAGACCGUCACCAAGUACUUCUGCGUCAAGAGAGGCCGCCGCAGCAAGGGAGGCAGCACCACCCUCAGGAAGAGCCUCCGGCUGAAGAAGAGGAACUGAAAGGAGGGUCCCCCGGAUAUCCGCCUGCCCCUCUCCUCCCUGCCCCACACGCCCACCCUGUACACACUGAGGCAGCACUCUCCCCAAACACACCAAACCCAGGAAGAGGCUGGCCACUACAGAGCGCAGUCACGGAACAGCCUGCCUGAAGGUGGAGCCAUGUGUCAUUGCA